AUGGCUACUCGUAUCCAAUUUGAAAACAACAGCGACAUUGGAGUAUUCUCCAAGCUGACGAACAGCUAUUGUCUCUGUGCUAUCCAAGGCAGUACGAACUUUUACUCUGCUUUCGAGAGCGAGCUCGGCGAUGUCAUCCCGAUCGUGCAUACAAGUAUUGGAGGCACACGGAUAGUGGGCCGGCUCACUGCAGGGAAUCGACACGGCCUGCUUGUCCCUUCGACGACGACAGACCAGGAGCUACAGCACCUGCGGAACUCGCUGCCGGAUGCGAUUGCGGUCCAGCGCGUGGAAGAACGGCUGUCUGCGCUCGGGAAUGUGAUCGCGUGUAACGACUACGUUGCGCUCGUGCACCCAGAUGUCGACCGCGAGACGGAGGAGAUCAUCGCAGACGUGCUCAAAGUCGAAGUCUUCCGCCAGAUGAUCGCAGAUAAUGUCCUUGUAGGCAGCUAUUGCGCGAUCACAAACCAGGGUGGGCUAGUCCAUCCAAAAACGAGCGUAGCGGACCAGGACGAAUUGAGCAGUUUGCUGCAAGUACCUUUGGUGGCUGGUACAGUCAAUCGUGGAUCGGAUGUCAUUGGCGCAGGACUGGUGGUCAAUGACUGGUGUGCGUUUACGGGUCUUGACACAACGGCGACAGAGAUCAGCGUGAUUGAAGCGGCGUUUAAACUCCAAGGCCAGAGCUCUGCGGCGGCCAUUGGCGAGAUGCGCGACUCCCUUAUCGACAGCUGGGCAUGA